AUGAAAGAUCCCCAAUUCAUCGGUAUCAUCUUGUUCCCAGUGUCCCUCUUCGGAAUGUGCUUCAACUGGACUGUCGUGUGGAUCAUCAUCCGGGACAAAUCCCUCAAAAGUCCAUUCAUGCUGCUCACCUUCGUGAAAUCCCUCUGCGAUGCCAUCUAUCUGACCGUCUACUUCUUCUACAUCACACCCAUGAUUAUAUUGUAAGUUUAUAAAGACUCAUUCAGAUGUAACGUACUUGCUCAGAGCCAAUGAGUUCCUGACCGUUCACUCGCACUACGCUGGCUACGUGCUGAUUGUUUUCUACGAAACUUCCAUCUACACCCACUUUGUCACUUCAAUGAACCGCUUCUCAGCCGUCUUCACUCCGAUUUCUUAUAAAACCAUAUUCAGGUACUGUAUCUUAUAUUGUUUUAUCACAUUGUUCAUUCAUUUCAGUAUAAAAUCCACGAGAGCGUACACUAUUGUUGCGGCCGUCUUUUCGUUUGCUCUCACCACAUUUGUGAUGCCCAUUCGUUAGUUGUACUGUAUUCUGCCUGUCACAUAUUCGAUGCAUUUCAGUUGGAUGUCGAUUAGAGUACAAUCCAAUCACGUGGGUGUCAUUCUACGACGUCACCGUCCCGGUUUGUGCGUGGUACGCUAUUUACGGCGACUUUAUGAAGAACCUUAUUCUGGUGUUCGUCGAUUUUCUCAUUGAUAUUAUCACUUUGGUGAAAGUGCAGAAGAUUCGAAGACAGUUCCGAUCGGGCAAACGAGCGGAUAACUACACGAAGAAGGAGACGGACUUUUUGAAGCAGACGUGCGGACAAGGCUUCUGCUAUCUGAUCGGCUACACCUCGUACUUGAUGGUGCCGGAAAUGAAUUCGAACAAGUACGUGGCAUUCUUCAUGUCGCUCCUCAGCUGGUGCUUCAUCGCAAUGAUCGACGGCCUGUUCACGAUCGUUUACAAUUGCGAGAUCCGCACGAAAAUAUGGAAACGGAGCGAGACGAGUGUGGCCUCAACCGUCGCUUCCGUUCGCCAAUGA